GAAUUUCGGAGUAAACAAUUGAUACCGUUUAACUCCUAUAGCCUUUGAGCCUUUAUAUAUAAUAGAGCACCGCAGAAUUCCGAAGCUCAUCGACGCCAACUCAUAUGCUUUUGUUAUCGGUCAGAAAUCGGAAAGAAUUUGGUUGAGUCGAUGAGAAAGAAGGUUUGCGUGAAUGGGCUUUUAUAGUUGGUAAUUUUGACGAGGCUCUGGCUCACAAUACCAAAGCCCAGUCUAGAAAUACGAGGGGGUCAAAAUCAUUCCUAUGCGGAAGCGCUCCACGCCUAGCAUUUCUCUUUCACUUUUCUCGUGAUCACUCAUCAGUUCUCUGUCGAUCUUCUUCUCGCAGAAUCCAAAUUAUAUUGACUCUAAUUUGUGUUAGAAUGGAGAAAACCAUAUAGCUACGUUUUGACUCUGGCAAGAAUAUUCAUAAUUAAGAAACGCAUCAAUGGGGAGCGGACGGUGGUGGGGUUUGGUUGUAAUAGGAGCGGUGGUGGCGGUGGUUGCAAGCGGCGCUUCCCAAAAGAAGCAUGACCCUCUGGUCUCUCGAAUUGCCUUUGGAUCAUGCUCCGACCAAAGCCAUCCUCAGCCCAUCUGGAAUGCACUUAUCAACUUUGAUCCCCAAGUUUUUAUUUGGCUUGGAGAUAACAUUUAUGGAGACAUUAAGCGCCCUUUUAAAGUAUUUGGAAAGGAAAGAACAUUCGGACCAUGGAAGAAUGCUCCAAGGUUUGUUCCUUCCUCCAGCCAGGAAAUGGAAUUCAAAUACAAGAAAGCUAGGACUAAUCCUGGUUAUUCUCGUCUUCGGGAGAGAACUAAGGUAAUCGGCACAUGGGAUGACCAUGAUUAUGGAUUAAACGAUGCAGGAAAAGAAUUUUCUGGGAAAAUCAAUAACCAAAGGCUUCUCCUUGAUUUUCUAGACGAACCUCAGGAUAGUCCACGGCGCAAGCAGGAUGGUGUUUAUGCAUCGUAUACAUUUGGCCCUGUGGGCAGACAAGUCAAGGUUAUCCUCUUAGAUACCAGAUACCACAGAGAUCCUCUUUUAAGUGAUGGAACUAUCCUGGGUAAUUCACAAUGGACAUGGUUAGAAAAAGAAUUGAAUGGUCAAGCAUCAGCCAUUACCAUAAUUGGAUCUUCUAUUCAGGUGAUAUCAAAUCUUUCGGCAGCCACUGGCCCAUUGUUUUCUUUUGAGUCUUGGGGACGUUUCCCUAAGGAGAGAGAUCAUCUUUUCAAAUUGAUAGCAGAUAGCAAGAGAGAUGGAGUCUUCUUCAUAAGCGGUGAUGUUCAUUUUGGAGAAAUCACACGGUAUGACUGCGCUACUGGAUAUCCACUUUAUGACAUAACAUCAAGUGGGCUUACAAAAGCAGUAGAGGAGACAGUCCCACCUGCAUUACAUCGCAUAAUCAGGUUUGUGGCACGCUUGACACCUAGUCCACUGAGAGUCAUGGACCAAAACUGCAGAUACAGCUCAUGCACAUACGGCCAACCAAAUUUUGGAGCAAUUGAGAUAGACUGGGAUGCAACUCCAAUGACCUUGAAAAUAGAAGUCAGGGAUGUCAAUGGGCUUACUGUGAGUGGUGUCAAGAUGUCAUUAUUGGAACUACAAGUGGGAAGCUUGGACCCCGUUGCUACUGCCAAAGCAGGAGAACAUAGGAGGCACUGUUCUCUUGAAGUAGAUCUUCCGUGGCUUGUCAGAUAUCGCCUGGCUAUUCUGUUCUAUAGUGCUGUUGCUAUCUGUCUUCUAGCUUUGAUUGGAUUCACUUAUGCUGCUAUAUCAAUCGUCGGGCGAUGCCUUCGUAAACACAAGUAUGAUUGAUCGUCAGUCGUGGUCACUUAUUAGGUGCAGGCAUUUUCAUUAGCCAGAAGUCAAUUUCUGGAUUACUGAUAAUUAGAAUGUAUUAACCUCAAAGGUCUUUGUAGGCUUUUCGAUCUGCUAGAUGUAAAAUCAUGUUCUAUUCCAUGUAUUGUCUGGGCUGGCUUUAUGCAAUUAUAGUAGAAAUUGCCUUCAGGUGUCUUGGUAUAUGCAAUUUGUACAGCACUGUUACUACUGUAGAUCUUCAAAUUCUGCCAUGAAUCCACAUCUUCUAAAGCUCAAGUCAUACUAAAUCAA